AUGGCUAAAAGUUUUAACCCUCUCCUGUUUGACACGUUGAAUGUUGGGAAACACAUCAAAAGCUCCAAAAAAAGGUUCAUGUGGAAAUUCGAGCUUGAUGGGAAAGAACAAGUGAUUGACCUAUUUGUAAGCAAAAUGUCAGGGAAAAGAAAAAUUCUCUUGAAUGGUGACAUAAAAAUUGAAGCGAAAAGAUCUUCAUCUUCAUAUGGCAGCUAUCCUCUCCGAAUUGGGAGCCAUAGCCUUUUGCUAUAUGAAAUCGAAGAUAAUGUAUUUGAUCUUCGAUGUGACAAUAUUUCAUUUGAAGCCGCACUCAUGAGAAAUCGAUCAAAAUCAGACUUCUCAGGAGGAUAUGUUGACAGAGCACCUAGAGAGGAGCCUUUUUCACGCGGAACUUAUGAUGAGCCAUAUAAGUCUAGAAUUGAAUUAAAUGGACCAUCAUACGGGGCUCCUAGGAAUGAAUACAGUGAAGAUCCAUUUAAAGCUUCUUCGAAAUGGGGAAGAGCUGGCGAGCAAGAUGAAUACAGACCUUCACGAGUUGACCAGUUUAAAACUGAAUGGGAAGAAAAUCAAAGAUUAGAAAGAAGGGACGAGUACCGUGAUUAUCCUAAAUUCCCUUCACAAAGAAGGCAAUCACCAGAUCCACAGCCAAGAUCUACGAAGUCUCCUCCAAAGCCUGCUGCAUCCCCACCAAAGCAGCCAGAACCUAAGCCAGAGCCAAAAGUGGAGCCUCCUACUAAGCCUCUUGACCUUUUUGACACUCCUUCAGUCCCCAGUUCACUUCCUGACGACUUGUUUGCGAAGCCUUUACAAUCUUCAUCAGGGCAAAACCCAUUAGGAAACCCUUAUUCAAUGUCCAGCAACCCAUUUGAAUCAGACCAGCCUGAAGGCGACCCAUUUGGCUUUAGCCAACCAAAGCCAGAGCAGUCUCAGCCAGUUCCUCAAACAGCUCCUCAGCAGAAGCCUGAUUUUGAGACCUUUAUUGACCUCGACAACUUGCAUUUAGGAGACGGAUAUUCGCCUGCUGUCGCUAGAAAAAUACAAGAAGCUAAUAAGCCUAUUACAAUUAACAACCCAAAUAUACCUAAUGUGCCACUGAAUCAAUUAGUUACAAACAGACCUUCUGUGCCGAACACAGGAAUGAACCCUAUGGCAGGCAUGAAUACAAUGAACCCAAUGAAUCCAAUGAAUAACCCUAUGGCUGCGAUGAUGGCUUAUAACCAAUUCAUGACUGGCAUGAUGAUGAAUCCCUACAUGAAUCCUCAGCAGCCAUUUCCCAAAUAA